GAAGAAGAUGCAUUGAUUAGAUGGGGUUGUUACCAACCAAAGAGAAUCUUGUAUGUAUGCAAGUGUUGCAGAGUCAAGGGUGGCAGUAACACAAGAAGAAGAAGAAGCAGCAACAGCAGAAGCAGCGGCUAUGGCUAUUGCUGAUUGCUAAUACGGAACAGAGGCGUGCAAAUUAAGAAACUGACCUUCUCCUAAUCUCUUCUUCCUCUUUGCCAUCACUUUCACAACUUGUUUGUCCCUUCGUUUCACCCUUUUAUCAUUUCUCAAUUUUCCCCUUUUAUUUUAUUCCCUUUUUCUUCUUCACUAUGUUCCACCCAUCACCUCCAAAUCCCGUAUAAAUUUUUAAAAAUAUAUACUUUUCUCCCUGCAACCCAUCACCACCUCGACAACUACUUCAUCAAUUCAUUACCUUCGAUAACGGCCGCCCCAGUUCUUCUACGUUUCAUCUUCGUCUUUUCCUCUGCUAUUUCGAGGCACAGAUGACUGGAAUGUCCAAGGAAGAAGGGUCAGCUAGUCCUAGUUGGGGUGCUUCAUUUUUUAUGCAGACAAGAGAGGAUGUGGCUAGAGCUGUUGCUGCUGCUGUUAACUCUCCGAUGUCAUCAAAAGAUGAUAAUAGUGGUAGUCAACUUCAAAGGCUUCAGUAUCAAGUUGCUCGAAUGUUAAAAGGCUUUUCACACACUCCUGAUGUUGAAAACACAAAUUAUAAUCCUGAAAUCCUGACUAGUCUGAAGCGUCAGUGGGCUGCAAACUUUCAGUUGCAGUAUAUGGACCAUAAGACUUGGAAGGAGCCCUCACGACUAUUUGAGAGCAUGGUGGUUGUUGGACUUCAUCCUAAUUGUGAUGUUCAGGCACUGCAAAGGCAAUAUCUUGAUAGGAAGUUUGAAGGCUCUGCUAAAUUAAGAAGUGCUCUUGGUUAUCAGAGUGAAUCUUGUGUAGAACCCAAUAUUGAACCUCAGGUCUUAUUUGUCUACCCUCCAGAAAAACAGCUGCCUCUUAAAUGCAAAGAUCUUCUUUCUUUCUGCUUCCCGGGAGGCUUAGAGGUCCGUGCGGUUGAGAGAACCCCUUCCAUGAGUGAGUUGAACGAAAUUCUUUUUGGGCAGGAACACCUUAAACAAAGGGAUUUGUCAUUUGUAUUCAGGUUACAGGGUGCUGACAACUCAACACUUUAUGGGUGUUGUGUCUUAGUUGAAGAACUAGUGGAAAAGCCUUCUGGAUUGGUUUCUCUGAUUUCUGAUAAGCAGCCUUCUUCCUCGUCUUUGAGACGACAUAUACUAACCACUCAGAGAUGUUACUGCAUUCUUUCAAGGCUUCCAGCUUUUGAAUUGCACUUUGGUGUAUUGAAUAGCAUCUUCACUCAAGAAAGGCUAGAGCGGUUGACAAGAAGUGUUGGAGAUUUAAAUUUAGAAUUUGAUGAAGGUAAUAGCUUAAAAGAAGAAAAUCCAGAGGGCUACUCUGAGAGUGCUUUGGUGAGUGAUGGACCAAUAGAAGAUAGACUUGGUGGAAAUCCAAUAAUUUCUCCAUUGAGAGCGGGAAAUUCUACACCUGAAAACAUCGUGGAUGAUGGUCAACCAAAGCACCUAGUGGUUGAUGGGGAGCUGCAGACAUAUAAGGAGAGAAUCAACUAUGAUGAUGUUUUGGUUGCUGAUAAUGUAACAGAUAGUACAGCAGCCAAAGAAGAUUCUGGCCCUACAAAUUCUGAAAAUAGUGAUCAGUAUGGAGAUGCCUUUGCUACAAACAAACAGUCAGAAGACAAACAUUUACCUAAUGCUAUUCUGCCCCUCCUGCGCUAUUGCCAGUAUGAAAGCUCUGAAUCUUCCUGCAGUUUUCAAGGAUCACCUUGUGAAGACAGAAAUUUUAGGAGUGAUGUUGAUGAUAAUGAGACAGAAGAAGCAUCUUUCUCCGGCCAAGAAGAUUUAAAUGACUUAAAUGAUAUUCUUGAAUGGGCAAAGGAAAAUAACCAUGGACCACUACAAAUUAUAAGCGAGUACUACCGUUUAAGUUACCCUGCCAGGGGCUCAUCAGUUAUAUUUCAUCCUCUGGAGCACUUGCAUCCCUUGGAAUAUCAGAGAUCAGCUGAGUCAGUUCUUCGUCUUGCUGGCUCAACAGUUGAUUUGAAAACGUUCAGUACUGGUCUGGAGCUAGUUGAUGCACAUAUUGCUCUUGUGGUGGAAGAGGCAAAUGCACUAUCUGUAUGGGCUGUAGCUUGCUUGUGCGGUACAUUGAGACUUGAAAAUGUGUUAACGUUCUUUGCAGGAGUUCUGCUAGAGAAGCAGAUAGUUGUUGUCUGUUCUAAUUUGGGAAUCCUAUCUGCUUCAGUUUUAUCAGUUAUUCCCCUAAUCCAGCCUUACCGGUGGCAAAGUCUGCUAAUGCCAGUUUUACCAAAUGACAUGCUUGACUUUUUAGAUGCACCUGUCCCUUAUAUAGUUGGUAUCAGGAACAAGACUAGUGAAGUUCAGUCAAAGUUUACCAAUGUCAUUCUAGUUGAUGCUGAUAGAAACCAGGUGAAGUCACCAACAAUACCACAAUUGCCAAGACAGAAAGAGCUAGUCUCUUCUUUACGUCCUUAUCAUUCAACUCUUGUAGGAGAAAGUUACUUGGGUAGGAGAAGGCCAGUAUAUGAAUGCACGGAAGUGCAGAUUGAAGCUGCAAAGGGAUUCCUUUCGGUGUUAAGAUCUUACUUGGAUUCUCUUUGCUGUAACAUCCGUUCUCACACGAUCACCAAUGUACAAUCCAAUGACGAUAAGGUAUCAUUGCUUCUGAAGGAGAGUUUCAUUGAUUCCUUCCCUUACCGGGAUCGGCAUUUUAUGAAGCUUUUCGUGGAUACACAACUUUUUUCUGUACAUACAGACCUUGUUCUCUCUUUGUUACAAAAGGAAUAGAGUUGCCAUGCAGAAUAUUUUGGUUAUAUUAUGUUAUUGUUUCGUUUCAAGGUUGAACGCAAGUUCAUUGUUGUAUAAUUUUUCUAUGUUGAGUUAAAUUUUUCUCCCUUGGGCUCUAUGCGUCUGCGGUAUUUGUAAAUAUUAAUUUGAUUGUAGUAUUUGGUCAUGCACCAAUACGAAAAGUUAUGAUUGAUAUUACUAAAUUUUAAUCUAUUGCAACCAAUGUUUUAUGCUCUUAGGUUUAAA